UGUUAAAUUAUGAAUGAAUAAAGAUGUUGGAAUUGUUAAAUUUUGUUUUUUAUGUUCAAUUUGAAGUUAACAAGUCAUUUUCUUUUUGAAAUAUUGCCUCCAUAUUUUUGUGGCAAACUGCCCAAAUUGAUCUUUAAUUUCUCUACGUUAAGUAUUUCUUUUUUUAGUUAUUGUUUUGUUUGCAAAUAUUUCAGAUUAUAUUACAAAUUUUUAAUCAUGAUGAAGAGAUUUGGAAUUAAUGCUUCGAUCUUCGAAUUUUUGUUAGUGAUUUUUACGAUUUCAGCAGUCAGAGGUCCGAAAAUUGAGCAUGACUCUCAAACAAGUGCUUCUGCAUCUGCUUCGGGUUCAUUUCCAAUUGUUUUACCGCAUAAUGAACUAAAGCAGGACGGCGCCAAAUUUUAUUUGGAAGGAGACGAAAAGAACACUUGCCUUUUAUAUAUUGAAUCGAUUUCUGUUGUGUUAUAUAACGUAAAACAAAAAAUGUCUGCUUGGGCGACAAUUAAUGCAACUUCGAAGGGAGCAACGUAUAGUGGUUCAAUUGAAUGCCCACCAACUCAUAAUACAGGACAGGAAUUUAAAAUUUCGUUGCAAGCAAAUGCUGGCGGUGAAGGUGUUUCAGGCUAUUAUAUUGGUGAUAAAAAGAAGGUCAUUUUCCGGUUAAGCAAAGUUGAUGUUGAUUUAAUAUUCAACUUUACUUCAUCAGCUUAUUGGGAGUUGGUAAAUGCCGAUGUUAGAACAAUAAGUUUAGAUGGCGCAGAAGAAGGUGGAGUUCCGAGUGUCGAUAACACCUGGCGACUUGUUUCUGGUAUAAGCAGUAACAAUAAAGGAUGGAUUUUCACAGACAAUCAGUCUCCGGCCUGGAAUAUUAAUGGGUUUAAAGACUAUGCCUUCUCUUGUGGUCGAACUAGUCCAAUUAUUUGGGCAAAAGAUGAAAGCUUAGAACAUGCAGUUGGGUUGGCUUUUCAUAAUUUACAAUUUCAAUUGAAUUCAACUUAUAUUUCUCCUGAUAAAAAAAGAAUGGCAAAGUUUGGCUGGCGUGUCAAUGAUUGUGCACCUUUAUUAAGUAUUGGUACUUGGAUGAUUCUUGUGGUUGCAAUUAUUUUUAUUGGAGUUCUCUCUUUUGGAUUUUUAAUGCUUAAUUCUGUCCAAACAAUGAGCCGAUUUGACGACCCAAAACAAAAACAGAUAAUUAUUAGUUCGAAAGAAAAUUAG